UGGAUUCGCAACUGCCUCCCGCUCGCCGUUUUUUUAUUACCACGGAGCAAAUCCUUGUCUGGUGGUGUUUGCGCGGCCCGCUGGAGAGAGAGAGAGAGAGGCUGCCCAACAUCUGGCCUCCGUCUGUUUAAAAAGUGGAUACCGCCAUCGUCCCCGACCUCCCUUGUCUUUUGCUCUACAUGCCCCCUUGUCCCUAUCGUUUUCUUGUUACAAACACUCACAAAGGACCCCUCCUUCCCUGGUGCCCUUUUUCUUUUGUUCUGCCUCUCCUAAAGCAUUUUCUCUUGCUCCUCCAAUCCCUUUGCAGAAAAAUACCUAGCGUCUUUAAUUGAGAUAAUAUAAUGGCAGAGCAAUUGGCGUUUGAGACAUCUCCGCUGGUGGCCAGCCGGCCAUCAGAGGCCACAUUGACGGACCAGCCAGUAAUCGAUGACGAGCCAGAAGUCACGCACAUGGCCAUGAUCAAGCAGGAGGCGAGCUGGCUGGCGCUGUCGUCGGUGCCACUGGCACUGUCGUAUUUCUGCCAGAACUCGUUUGUAUUCAUAAGCAUGCUUAGCGUUGGACGGCUUGGCGUGAACGAGCUGGCCGCGGCAUCGCUCUCGGUGAUGAUCAUCAACUUCACAAUCAACAUGCCGUGCAUCGGGCUGGCAUGUGCACUAGAGACGUUCUGCGGGACGGCGUAUACGGCUGCCAAGGACAAGACGCAGGUGGGGUUCCAUACGCAGCGCGGGCUGGUGGCGGUGACAUUGCAGCUGAUGCCAAUGGCGAUGAUCGGGCAGACGGCCGAGGUGGCGGCACUGUGCGGCGUGUUCCUGCGCGUCUGGCUGUUGGGCAGCUGGCCGUUGGUGGCCUUUGAGUGUCUGAAGCGCUUCGUGCAGGCGCAGGGGAUCAUGCAGGCGGGCACCUGGGUGAUGGCAGUCGUGUGUCCGAUCCACAUAGUGCUGAGCCAGCAGCUGGUGUGGUCGCCGCACGUAGGCAUGGGCUUCGUGGGAGCGCCCCUGGCAACGGUUAUCACGAACUGGCUGCUGUUCCUGGGCAUAGUCGGGUAUAUUGCGUGCAGCCGGGCGAAGCAGGCGUGGGGCGGCCUGACAUUGACGUGCCUGGACGGGAUCUGGGAGUUCUACAAGCUGGCGAUUCCCAGCGCAGCCAUGAUGGCGUGCAGCUGGUCCGUGUUUGAGCUGGUGACGUUCGGGUCGUCGAUUUUCGGCGCUGUGUCCUUGGCCGCCCAGGCGUGCAUUUUCAGCGCCAUCGGCAUGACGUACCAGGCGCCGGCCGCUAUAGGCUCGGCAACGGCGACGCGCGUGGGCAAUGCAUUGGGGCGUGGCAAGCAGCGGCGCGCGCGCACGGCCUCGUACGUGUCAAUCUGCAUUGGCUACAUAGUCGGCAUAUCCUGUGCCAUUAUGUUCUACGUCAACCGGCAUAGCUGGGGGUAUAUUUUCACCGACGACGACGCGGUGGUGGAGGUAUGCAGCCGACUGAUGCCAUUCUUCAUCUUCGUGCAGACCUUCGAUGGCAUGAAUGGGCUGGUGGCGGGCAUUCUCCGGGCGCUGGGCAAGCAGAGUCUGGGGGCAAUGCUGGCGUUCCCGUCGUUCUGGGUGCUGGGCGUGCCCAUUGGAUUCUACCUGGGCAUGGGCGCGCCCGGCCUGCAGAUUGUUGGCCUGUGGAUUGGCCUGACCAUUGGCAUUACCGUGUUUGCGCUGGCGCAGCAGGCGUUUAUCUUCUGUGCCAUCGACUGGCGCCACGAGGUGCAGGUGUGCUUCGACCGUCUGGCUGUCUCCUCUACGUCGAAGCCGGCGCAGCACCAUGCGGCUGACGACUACGGCGCUAUCGCCUAGCCGUCCACUACACUAAUUAUACAGACUUGGACACGGCGCGGCAUUCUAGCCCCGCGCUUUUUGGGGCACUAUUUGGCCCAAGAUGAUGGGUUCCUUUUUUUCCAAUACAUACAGC